AUGAAAUUCUUCAUCAUCCUGCUGCUGGCCAGCUUAGCCUCCUCCUCUCUUGCUGUCCUGAAUGAACCAGAAGAUGAAAUCUACUUACAGGCUCAGCUCAUAGAUGCUUCUGCCCAGAUCAUCCCCAGCAGUCUCCCUAGAAAAGACCAUGUCUCCAGUGAGGACAUUUCUAAGGAGCCUUCCAUCUCCAGAGAAGAGCUGGUUUCUGAAAAGGAUGCGAUCAAAUCUCCCAGGAUCCCAGAGAAUCGACAGCCGGAUCUGCUUCACUCCGUGCUCCGGGAGGCCAGCUUCAGAAAUGCUGCCCUUCAGUUAGAAGAGACUACAGAACUCACUGCCAAGGCUGCAACCACCUCAGAGGGAAAACUGGCCAAGAUCGGCCAUAAAAUCGGAAAGAAUCUGGACAAAACAGUGAAAGAAACCAUGAACUAUCUGAAAAGCCUCCUCCCUCAUGCCUAUGAAGUCAUGAGGUCCUCAUGAUAAGGAUGCCUGUGGCCCACAGCACCCACACUCUGCUCACCCCGACCACCAUCUCAGCCCCUUGCAUCCCUCAUUAAAGUGCUGCAUCCUCAGCUGGCUCCAUGGUGGCUUUGUUGAGCCAGGAAGGAAGGCCAAGAGGCCCCCACUCUACUGGGACCCUUCCUUAGUUACCCAUC